GCUCCCGGGCAGCAGCGGCCGCGCGCUCCUGGAGCAAAAAGUCUGAUCGCUGGUCGCGAUUCUGACAGUUUGUUUCAAGAUGAAGCAAGGUUGGACUGAGGAAUAAAAACCAUUGCCUGAGAGAAUCUCGCGCAGUAAGAAACUGCUUGGACGUGACGAGUUCUUUCUUCUGGUGUCACUAACAGGCCUUCUACCAUGAACAAUUCAACUCCUGCUACAGCUAAUGGGAAUGAAAGCAAGAAAUUUAAAGGCAACAGAUCUCCAUGCUCCCCCUCUCGUGUCCUCCAUCUUCGUAAAAUUCCAAGUGAUGUCACUGAAGCAGAAGUUAUUUCUUUGGGUCUCCCUUUCGGCAAAGUAACCAACCUCUUGAUGCUAAAAGGAAAGCGUCAGGCUUUUUUGGAAAUGGCUUCUGAAGAAGCUGCUGUUACUAUGGUGAACUAUUAUACUCCUGUUACACCUCAGCUCCGUAGUCAACCUGUUUAUAUUCAGUUUUCCAAUCACAGAGAACUUAAGACUGACAAUCUACCUAAUCAGGCUAGAACUCAAGCUGCAUUGCAAGCUGUGAAUGCUGUGCAGUCUGGAAGCCUGGCUAUCACAGGGGCCCUUGCUACUGAAUUUAGGCUCCUUCCAGGUCAAAGUUCUGUUCUUCGAAUCAUUGUUGAAAAUCUUUUCUAUCCUGUCACUUUGGAAGUGCUGUAUCAGAUUUUCUCUAAAUUUGGAACUGUCUUGAAGAUUAUCACCUUCACAAAGAACAGUCAAUUUCAAGUUUUGCUUCAAUAUGCUGAUCCAAUGAAUGCACACUAUGCCAAAAUGGCUCUGGAUGGCCAGAACGUCUACAAUGCGUGCUGCACUCUGCGUAUUGAUUUCUCCAAGUUAACUAGCCUUAAUGUAAAGUACAACAAUGACAAAAGCAGAGAUUUCACUCGCCUUGACCUUCCUUCUGGUGAUGGCCAGCCCUCCCUGGAACCCAGCAUAGCCACUGCCUUUGGUGCCUCAGGUAUUAUCUCCUCCUCAUACUCAGGACCUGCUGGAUUUGCCCCAGCCAUUGGCUUUGCUCAAGCUACCAGUCUUUCGGUUCCAUCUGUUCCUGGAACACUUGGUCCCCUUGGAAUGCCCAAUUCUGCAGUGUCUGGACGGAUGACUCUCCCAGGUGCUACUGCUGUUCCAGGAAAUUCUGUUUUACUAGUCAGCAACCUCAACUCUGAAGUCAUCACACCACAUGGACUCUUCAUCCUGUUUGGUGUGUAUGGUGAUGUGCAUCGUGUGAAGAUUAUGUUUAACAAAAAAGAAAAUGCUUUAGUUCAAAUGGCAGAUGCAAGCCAGGCUCAGCUAGCUAUGAGCCACUUGAAUGGACAGAGGCUGUAUGGAAAGUUGCUCCGUGCUACUCUCUCAAAACAUCAUACAGUGCAGCUUCCUCGUGAGGGACAAGAGGACCAAGGUCUGACUAAGGACUAUAGCAAUAGCCCUUUGCAUCGCUUUAAGAAGCCUGGCUCCAAGAAUUUCCAAAAUAUCUUUCCUCCAUCUGCCACCCUGCAUCUUUCCAACAUCCCGCCUUCUGUUACUGUUGAUGAUCUGAAGAACCUUUUUGCAAGUACUGGAUCUACUGUGAAAGCCUGCAAGUUCUUCCAGAAAGAUCACAAAAUGGCUCUCAUCCAGCUGGGUUCCGUGGAGGAAGCAGUGCAGGCUCUCAUUGAACUUCACAAUCAUGACCUUGGAGAAAAACAUCACCUCAGAGUUUCCUUCUCAAAAUCUACAAUCUGACUUUGCUGUGAACUUUCCUUUUAUGACUGCAUCACGGUUUUAGUAAAACCAUCAGACAGACGCUAGCAGCGGUGACCAACUCUUAUUUUUAAAACAGAAAGUUCAUUCUGAGUUUGUGUAUUUAUACAUGCAGUAAAGAAUCAAGGGAUGAUAUUUUCCAGUUUCAGCUGCCAGGAUGUGGUCAAAGUUUAAUAUUUCUCCAUAAAAAGAUUCUUCUAUGAAAUUUCUUUGUUCCUUUAAAUAUUCAACAAUAUUUAUCAUCAAAUUCCCUGAUUAGAAUUAUACUUUGAGAACAUCCUUUUGUUCCAAGUCAGCCUUACACAAUAUUUUUAGCAUUUUUAUAAUAUACCAAAUAAAUAAUAUUUCUAUUGAAAUAGUAAGCCUAUUCU